AGACAAAAAUAGCCAUACAUUUAUACUGAGAAAAUGUAAAAUAAAUAAAUAAAUAAAAUAAUGCUGAAGUCAAAAUUGUCCUGUGAACAUCAAACUGCUAUUAGAGAUAUAGGCUGGAUGAAAUGGCUUGUAAAAAAGAACAAACAAACAAAAAGCUAUAUACUUAUAUUAUAAUGGUUGAACAUAAUCCUGGAGGAUUGUAACUGCAUCUAUGUAUGCAUGUUAUGUGCUGUUUGCUGGGAAAUAGCUUGUGUACCUCAAGUCUGUCAUGGGUAAAAGGGUCAAUGAUCUGAUCUUUCCAGAGAGCAAAUGGUUUUGCUAAAGUGCUGACCACUGCCAGAAAAUGCUGCACUCCCCCAUGUGAAGUAAGUGUAACUCUGCUCUGGCUCCUCCUAUGGUAUCUUUAACGUCUGCCUAAAAUCCACCAUAAAGAGGAAGUGCAUUAAUUGCUCUCUUAGAAAUCAUCAUUGGUGGACUUGGAGCUGCCAAGGCAUUUCAAACAUAGAUUACACAGACAUUGCAAUUUGCUAAAAAAGGUCAAUGCUCUAAACUCUAAACUGUGAAUCAUCUACAAAGGCUAAAAUGAAUGACCUGUGGAAUUCAGCAGCUUUUUUGAGAGAUAAUGCCUACAUAUCAAAACGAAGUAUUAGAAAGAUUCUCAUCAACAAGAGGCAUUAUCUGCCUAAAGAGGAGAGUAACAUUACUAACACCAUGAAAAUGAGUCUUAAUAUACAAAGUGAAGAGGAUAUUAGUGCUUCUACCAGUUGCGAUGAAAGAAAAAACAAUAAAACAAGAAUCCAAGUGAUGAUUUCUAAGAAUUCAAGGAAUGAAUCUACAUGCCACCUUCAUGAGAAAAGUUCUGAUCAAUCCUCUGGAAAAGAAAGAAGAGUGGAUGAAGCUGACAUGGAGGCUGUGUCUGGAUCUAAUCCUAAUUCCCAACUCAAUCAUGAGCGCUCGGAAGUGACCAGCAUCAAGGUGAAACAGGAGGUGGAUAUCACUAAUUCAUGUGAACUGGCAGCGAUUCCAAGAGCUCAGCCGGAGGCUAUGCUGGCCGAAUGUGAGGUGGAAGGAAACGAAGCGGAUGGCCCGAAAUCUUCACAGAAGCAGGUUUUAAAAAAUCAGGUAGUGUUUGCGACCAUUAGGAAGCGAGGAAUAGAGGGAGACACGGAAAACCGCCCGUACAAGUGCACUUACUGCAACUGGGCUUUCAAAAAGUCCAGCAACCUAUUGAGCCACAUUGAUACUCACCGCGGUCUUAAACCACACGUUUGCGACAUGUGCGGGAAGGCCUACUCGCACCAGGGGACUCUUCAGCAGCACAAGCGGCUCCACACAGGCGAAAGACCUUACCAAUGCCCUUUUUGUGAGAAAAGCUACAUUUGGUCCUCUGACUUCCGCAAACACAUCCGAACACACACCGGAGAGAAGCCGUACAUCUGUGAAGAAUGUGGAAAGAAUUUUGUGCGCUCCUCUGACCUGCGGAAACAUGAGCGCAACAUGCACACCAACAACAAGCCGUUCCUCUGCAAGCAAUGUGGCAAAACCUUCAACAAACCCCUGUCUCUUCUCCGCCACGAGCGUACACAUUUGGGCGAGAGGCCCUUUAUUUGUCCGGAAUGCGGGAAGGCGUUUGCCCUGGCCAGUCGCAUGACAGAGCACAGAAAAAUUCACAGCGGUGUACGUCCGUACACCUGCUCUAUUUGCUCCAAAGCUUUCACUAAGUCCUCCAAUCUCGCUGAACAUCUCACAGUUCACAGUGGAGUGCGGCCACACAAGUGCUCAGAAUGUGGGGUAGCAUUUGCCAUGGCGUCCCGACUGGUGCGGCACCAGCGUAUUCAUGUAGCUGUGCGGUCUUACCGCUGUCAGGGGUGCGAUAUGUCAUUUGGCCACCUUGCAGCACUCAAGAGACAUGAGAAGCAGCAUGGUGAGGGCAUGAUCUUUGUAUGUGGGCUGUGCAGUAAAUCUUUCCCUCGGGAUUCCCUGCUCACAGAACACAUGCACAGCCAUGUUGAUGCUAAAACUCGCGUUUCCUAAACCUGCCCAUUAUGCAUUGAAGUAACUGGAAGAUUGUAAGUAAGCAUGGGUUCUUUCUUUCUUUCUUUCUUUCUUUCUGUCUGUCUUUCUGUCUCUCUAUCUAAUAAUCGGACAGCAUCUAUCUAUCUAUCUAUCUAUCUAAUAAUCAGACAGCAUCUGUCUGUCUUUCUGUGUUGUCCGUCUAUCUGUCUAUCUAUCUUUCUAUCUGUCUAUCUAUCUGUCUGUCUAUCUAUCUAUCUGUCUACCUUUCCAUCUAUCACAAUUCAGCUGUAACAACAGUUACAUUUAGCUAGAGUUUAAAAACCAUUGAAGAUGUAUCUAUUUUUACCAGUGUUAAAUGGUGGGGACCACUGUUAUAAGGCUUGGAUUUCAAAUAAAUCACUGUGUAUAUUCCUAGCAAAAAACACACUGUAAACACACUGGUGACCCAUUUAUAACGUCAAUGCCACUUGAUGGCCUCUUGCCGACCAAGGCAGACUCAGUGUGUGAAAGAAACAGAAAGUGAGGAGGAGUAUUGUGAAUUCUCUUAGUGGUGUCACAUUCAUAGUGCUAUUUCAAGUUUCAAGAUAUGUUGUUAAAAGCUAUAUGAUAUUACUAUUACUAUUUUUUUUUUUUUUUUUUUUUUUUUUGGGUAUGAAAUGUAUACAGCAGGAAAAAUGUGUAUUUUGUGGUUGAAGGGAUGGGGCUAAUUGUGCAUAUUAUAUGAUGAAUCAAAUUAAUUAUAAAACUGUUACCUCUUCUUUUAUGCAGCUAAAAUCACUGACUUACAUGAGAUUAUGUAUUGCAUAAUAAUGAAUAUGAACAUGUCAUUACCAUUACAAAUAAAAAUGUUUUUUUUUUUUUCUUCAUCAAAAAAUAUCACAUAGACAGACUAAAUAAAAUCCAGUAUUAUUUA